AUGACCCGGUUGCAGCGAUGCCUCAAAGGCAAAGCACUAGAGGCCGUCAGAUGCCAACUUUUGCAUCCUUCGAACCUAGGUAAAGUAAUAUCAACACUCAAGAUGCUAUAUGGUCGACCAGAGAUCAUUGUCUAUUCGCUGAUGCAGAAGAUCAAUCAAUUACCACCCCCGAGAGCGGAUAAAUUAAACUCGAUAGUCGAGUUCGCCCUAGCGGUGCGCAAUAUGGUGGCUACAGUGCAGGCUUGCAACUUAGAAGAACAUCUUUACAAUAUAUCGCUCCUACAAAGUCUUGUAGAUCGGCUUCCACCGAUGAUCAAGCUCACUUGGGCAACACAUCGCCAAAAUCUGCAACGAGUUACACUUACCGAGUUCAGCGACUGGUUGUAUGCUCUCGCUGAAGCAGCCAGCAUCGUGACGAUACCAUCGGUUACGAGUGCCACUGAUUACAAUUCUCGACGUGGAAGAAAGGAUGACGGAUUCAUUAAUGCUCAUUCCGUUACCGCACCCAGACCAUGUGAGUCCGUUAGCGCUGGAUGCACCAUCUGUCAAGGAAAUUGUGUUUCAGUUGACAAUUGUAAAGAGUUUCUGAGCCUAGACCAUUCCUCUCGGUGGGCUCUUCUGCGGGAUCAAAAGUUGUGUCGUUGUUGCCUACGAUCUCACAGAGGAUUAUGUAAAUUCAGCAAAUCAUGUGGGAUAAAUGACUACCCCUACAAGCAUCACCGUCUGCUUCAUAACGACGCCAAAGACAAACUCAGUGGUAGCCAGCUAGCUCAAACCCAAACGAUCACACACGACCCCAGCAAUAUUACUUCCAAUGACUUCGUUUGUAACACACACAGCGGGAACGGAAAAUCCGUGCUAUUCAAAUACAUUCCCGUGACACUGCAUAAUCAGGGAUUGUCUGUAAGCACUCAUGCCUUUGUAGAUUGCGGAUCUUCACUGACCUUGUUAGAGGAAACCUUAGCGGCUGAGUUGAAGCUUCAAGGAGAAAAGCAUCCCCUAUGCUUGCGUUGGACUUCCGAUACUUGCCGCUAUGAAGAUUCAGCAACCAAAAUAACUGUGGACAUAUCGGGCUCGCAUAACCCAGAUAGCAGAUACCGCCUAUCCGACGUCUAUACAGUGAAGGAGCUAAAACUGCCAGCUCAGUCACUGUCGGUUGAGAAGCUCUCCGAGCAACAUACUUACCUGAAGGGAAUACCAGUGGAUUCAUACAUCGACGUUCAACCUCGAAUUCUUAUUGGUAUAAACAACAUUCGUGUAGUACAUCCGCUAGACAGUCGUGAGGGGAACGAACAUGAACCGAUAGCUACAAAAACGCGCCUUGGAUGGAUGAUUUACGGUACCAGUUUAAAACACAACACCGCAUCCGGGUAUCCAAGUAGCUAUCAUAUAUGUUCUCACUCCUAUGGCGAAAAUCUCUCGAAGGACGAUGAUCUUAACACUGCGGUGAAAAAUUACUUUACUCCCGAAAGUUUGGGAGUCACAAAGCCGGAAAGAACACUACUUUCUACGGCAGACGAACGAGCUUUGAAGAGUCUGCGUUCUACUACAAGUUUUAAUAACGGUCGCUACCAAACCGGCCUCUUAUGGAAGUAUGAUGACGUUCGGUUUCCAGACAGCAGAUCAAUGGCAGUGCGGCGACAUAAUUGCUUGAUGAAAAGAAUGCAACGCGAACCUGAAUUGGCAAGCACACUACGAACGAAGAUGGCUGAUUAUUUAAAGAAAGGAUACAUUCGCAAGCUUACACCAGAUGAAUACAUGAUGCCCAAGGACCGUGUAUGGUACUUACCAAUAUUCCCGGUGUUCAACCUAAAUAAACCGGGCAAGGUACGCAUCGUGUGGGAUGCUGCGGCAACUAUAGGUGGCGUUUCAUUAAACUCAGUCCUCGUAAAGGGAUCUGACAUGCUGACAUCCCUACCGUCAGUACUGUAUAAAUUUCAAGAACGGCGAGUGGCGAUAUGUGGUGAUAUCCGCGAAAUGUACCACCAAGUGGUGAUAAACGACUCCGAUCAACACUGCCAAAGAUUCAUAUGGUGCGACGAUGUAGAGACAGAAAAACCCAGUGAUUACGUCAUGAGAGUAAUGACAUUCGGGGCUACAUGCUCGCCCAGCAGUGCUCAAUUCAUCAUUAACGAGAACGCGUCACGUUUUGAACAGCAACAUCCAAUUGCAGUGGAUGUUAUCAGACGACGACACUAUGUUGAUGACAUGUUGGCGAGUUUUGAUACCGAGGAAGAGGCAAUUGACGUAGCAACAAAUGUUCGCUUUAUCCAUCAGCAAGGUGGGUUUGAGAUGCGAAAUUGGAUGUCGAACUCAUUAUCAGUUCUGAAAGCAGUCGAUGGUGGACCAAAUCCUGAGAAGAACCUGGAUAUUAAUCCCGACAUUUGCUUCGAGAAAGUUCUAGGGAUGUGGUGGGGUACUACAAACGAUGUGUUUCGAUAUAAACUAUCUACAGACCGUAACCGGGAACUGCUAUUUGGAGAGAAGCGACCAACAAAGCGUGAAGUCCUAAGAACUUUGAUGUGCAUCUACGAUCCUCUUGGUCUUAUAGCGAAUUAUACGAUGUUCUUGAAGACACUGCUUCAAGAAAUUUGGAGAGCCGGUACAGGUUGGGACGAACUGAUUGGAGACAGGGAACUGGAAAAGUGGAAUAUGUGGUUGCGCGUUCUACCCCAAGUCGAGUCGGUACGAGUUCCUAGAUGUUAUCAUCCAUUCAAUACCAACUGUAACCGACGAAAUAUCGAGCUACAUACCUUUGUAGACGCUAGCGAAACUGGGUUCGCUGCUGUAUCGUAUUUCCGGUUCGAGGAGGAUGAUCAGAUACACUGCACUCUUGUGGGAGCCAACACUCGAGUAGCGCCACUAAAAUUUGUUUCAAUCCCUCGUCUCGAGCUUCAAGCGGCAGUUAUCGGAGCACGACUGGCUCUGAAUAUUCAACAAAAUCACACCUUUCAAAUUUCUCGUCGUUUUCUCUGGACCGAUGCACGUGAUGUCAUGUGCUGGCUUAAUUCCGAUCAUCGGCGAUACUCGCAAUUCGUUGCCUUCCGCCGAUUGCCGGAUCUGACGAACAACAGUCGGUGGUUUAACGCACCAUCUUUUCUUUGGAGUGCACACAACGGAUGGCCGGUGUCAUCAUUCAAUGUCGAGAAAACAACUGAAGAGAUUCGACCAAACCUUUUACACCAUUCCGAAAGUCCGAUUACCGACAUCUUGCAGCCAGAAAACUUUUCGAGCUGGAAACAUCUGGUGCGGCUAACAGCUUAUGUACGGCGAUUCCCGACAAACGCUAGGCGCAAACAAGCAGGAGGAAUUCCCGUUACAGGUCCUCUUACGCGGGAUGAAAUGGCACAAGCACAAAGGUUCCAUGUGAAGCGAGCUCAAGAAAUGUCUUACGGUGCUGAGAUUAAGAUUCUAAUGGUGACGAUCAGUGCUACAGUUAAAAAGACCUUACCCAAACAAAGUGCGCUCUUCAAAGUUUGUCCGUUCAUGGAUAACGAUGGUGUUAUGCGCAUUCACAGUCGUAUUGAUGAAAGCGAUUUCGCUGGGAAAUAUACGAACUAUCCCAUUGUUCUACCACGUGACCACCCUGUCACGAAACUAAUCCUCCAAGAAAUUCACCAACGUUAUCAUCACCAAUGUCAAAAAACAUUCAUCAAUGAAGUUAGCAGGAAGUACUACAUUCCUCGCGUGCACAUUGUAUGCUGGAGAAUUCGACGAGAAUGUCAACGCUGUAAGAUUCGAUCUGCGAAGCCAAACCCACCAGCUAUGGGAAAUCUACCAAAAGCCCGUUUGGCAGCAUAUAUUCGUCCGUUUUCCAACACGGGCGUGGACUACUUCGGCCCCAUGACCGUAGUAGUUGGUCGUCGAUCAGAGAAACGAUGGGGAGUCUUAAUGACCUGCCUAACAACUCGAGCAAUUCACAUCGAAAUAGCUCACUCGCUGUCAGCGGAUUCAUGCAUAAUGGCUCUGCGAAACUGCAUAUCGCGAAGAGGAACUCCCGUGCAAAUUAUUAGCGAUCGCGGCACGAACUUUAUAGGGGCCGAUAAAGAGUUGAAAAAAGCACUAGCUGAUUUAGACCAGAACAAGAUGGUCGCAGAGUUCACAACACCUGAAACCUCCUGGACGUUUAAUCCACCAGCGUCCCCACACAUGGGUGGCUGCUGUGAGCGACUAAUCCAAUCAGUAAAAAAGGUUCUAGCAGAAAUUCGUCCAUCGCGCCUUCCCACAGACGAGGUGCUGAGAAACGCUUUAUUGGAGGUUGAAAACAUCAUUAACAGCAGGCCGCUUACACAUGUUCCGAUUGAUUACGAGUCGUCGCCGGCAUUAACACCUAAUCAUUUUCUUAUCGGUUCCUCUAAUGGGUCAAAACCACUUGUUCCAUAUGACGAUAGUACCACGGCUCUAUGA